AUGGUGGUCAAGCCAAAGGCCUCGGACUAUACCUCAAGGCUUAUGCGCAAUUGUUUCCGGGGGAAAAUGGACCUUCAUCAAGAACGACCGCUCAUGUCGCUGGACGAAUACGACCAUCUCGCUCGUGUUGCCCGACUCUGUACGGCACAUAUAUAUCGCAAUAUACGCAAGUCGAAUGUGUCGGAAGAUAUCCGAAACCUGAUGCGAAGCCUUGUAUGCAUGGAGCAUCCUAGCUGGGAGUCGACCCUCCAGCGAAUCAUCAUUGAGGGUGGUCAAGCUGGCGCAAACUGGGUGGCAGAUAAAAUUCGUAGCAAAUUCGCAUUUCCCGCUCUAUGUUGGGAACGCAGCUUCAUUCUGCGCUCAAUUUGGCAAGUCGGUGACCAUACCAGCAACAUCAUCGAGAGUUUGCAUGCGGAUGCAAAUCGUGAAGGUGUUGCCUGUACAUUGGUGGGAGGAGUCAAAAAAGGACUCCAUUUUGACAGCCUAAAGCUCAAGACGCUUGGGAACCUUGGCCUGUUCGGCAUUCGACCCAGCUACACCCGGGGGCAUAUUGCUGAAAGCACGAAGAAGAGUUUGAAACGACGUGUAACGGUCCAGCACAAGAUAUUAUCCAAGCAGGAUAGUCGCAUUGAAAUCCAGAACAAACGUGUCGAGAAGGUCUAUUCUGCGAUGCAGCAAGCCGAGAACAAGCUUCAACAGAUUCGAGAUAGGGUUGGAAGUCAGGCGCAGCUCGAUAAGACAAUCCGUGCCUUCAAUCGUGCCCGUGACACAUUUGAGAAAGCAGUUGCAGGUAGUCGUGAGCUGGUCGGGACAGGCUCUGGCAAAGUUGGGCUUCUACUUCCGUAG